AAAGAAUAAAAGUGGUCAUAGCAAAUAUUGACUUUUAAGCUUAUUAGAAUUGUAUAAACUAUGUUUUUGUUCUUUAUACUGUAUGUUUCCAUAUAGAAAUAAAUCUUGUUUCCCUAGCAAAAUAUAAAGAACUGAGGGGUGAGUCAAGACUUCCUAGAACAUCCUCUUGAGCAAUUACCGUUUCUGAUGUGUAAGCAUUACAUUACCCCAGUGACUAUAUGUUAUCAGCUGAUUAAGAGUGUGAAGCCCUUUAUCAUGUUUAUAGAAUCAAAACUAGUAGCAGUAUUUAAUUUCUGUUUAGUAUAAAACUAAACCCAGAUUCUUUGUGGCUGUACUGAAAUUGUAGAAUAAGUUUUUGUUAGUACAGCAAGCCAAAAUGCCUUGAUUGCCGCUGGACAAUCGUUGCAAAACUAGAACUUCUACAGCUUCCCUGGACACUUGCAGAUUUAUAACCACAUUCAUUUCAUUUUUAAAACGUUAAACUGCAUUUUUCCCCCCACAAGUUAUUUUCCUACCCCUGACCGUGCUAUUGCUUUGUACGACAUAAGGGGGCACUGUUGAGCUUAAAUUAAACCUAAUAUUUUCCAUGCACGUAUGAACAGUGGGACUUCUAAAAGAGUAGCUUUUUAUCACGUUAAACAAAAUUCACCAACCUGUUAGGGUAAAACUCACAAGUAGAAAUCUCCCACUUGUAUAUCAACAAAGUCCAGACAGCACAAAAUGGUAUUUCUCAAUAAGUUUUACAGAUACACCUUAAAACAAUGACAUUAAUAAUGAUUUCCCCCCUUUUUCAUUAGAACUGUCACGUAUCUAAGUGAGCUGCCUCCGAGGCCUUCUACAUGUCGUCAGACUCGCAUUACACUCUCAGAAGAUUUUUUUUUUUUCUUGGCGGCAGCAACAUUUUCAGUACUUAGGGAGUCUUUGUCUGGCCAUCAACAAAAGCCCUCGGAUUACUGGUGAGGCAGGCUCAGAGUACAGCUGCAUGCGUGUAUGGGCAGGUCAGAAGAAUGACUGGAGCUCCGGUGGGCUAAGCACUCGGAAAAAUGCAGUUUGGUGAGAUUGCAGAUUAGGAGGGAGGUGGGAGGGGGACAGGUGUUGAUUCCAUGUAUGGGGAAACCCGCAGGCACACUCUACAAGGAACUGAAAGAAAAUAAUUGAUGACGGGGGGGUUGUUUGUUUGUUUUUUCAGGAUGGAACUUUUCGUAUAAGAGAAAGUGCCGAAUAAAGCAAACAGUUCUCUAAUCAGAGUAAAGUCUGGUAUACUGUGACAUUUAGCGCCUUUUUUCUACUUUAGCGAUGGGCCUAACUGCAGGGACAUUCCCAACUGUACAGUAAUAAUAAUGAGUGAACCGGGGCUUCUCAUUGGCCCGGCAGCAGCCAAUGGAAAGGCAGGAAAUGAGUCACAGGUUUGUCCGCACUCACCUGAUACUUUACCUGACGGCGCUCAGAACCAGCGUCUCAUUACCUUUCCAAUACAGUCUAUAACUGAGGCUCUUUGUGUCCUGUAAAGUCCAGCAGUCAAGGUGUUCCUCUGUAUUUGGGCUCAGCAACACAAAGAUAAGGAGCGAUGGCUGUGGCUAACUUCCAAUACAUAACUCGGAUGAGCAGUGGCUUCAAGGUCUACAUUUUAGAAGGUCAGCCUCAUCUCAGAAGCGAAGACAGAUACAGACAUAUGACACACGACCGGGCUCGAACCCAAACGGUGUAUCCAAUCAAACGCAAGCGCAGCCACGAGAGAGGUCUGACUUUGGAGGAAAGACGAGAGCGAGCGAUGAGCCGAAGCAGGCUGGCCCAGAGAGCAGCCCCAGCAGUGUUCAGCAGCCAGCAGAGUCCAACACAAACCCUGAGUCCAACACCCAGCCCCACCAGCCCUCUGCCCACCCAUGUGUACUACACACCAGUCAUGGAUGAACCCCUUGCCCUCAUCAAGAAACCCAGAAAAGAAACUGAAAGCGCAGAGGAAAAGAAUAAAGGCACCUCUUCCAGUCAAAUCCAGAUACGUCCCUCUGUGAUCACUUGCGCCUCCUCGUUACGAAACCCCUCUUCAAGAUCCGUGGGCCACUCAUCAGUGGUUCCCAAAGACAACUAUGAUAACGUCCUCGAGGAGCAUUUCCAGAGGAGUUUGGGUGUUCACUACCAGAAAGCUCAGUCCCAGCAGCUCUCCAUCAGCGUGUCCGUCGACGACCACUUUGCCAAGGCUUUGGGAGACAAGUGGCUACAGAUUAAAUCCAAGUCUUCCUCCUGUUCUUCCACACCGCCCAGCAGUCCAAGUGUCACUCACUCCCCCACCUACAGCCACAGCCCAAAUCUGUGCCGCAAAGAGUCCACAAGCAGCUCAGUGCUAACGCCCAGCCACUGGUCUGUCAAUUAAAGUAGAAAUGGCAUCUGAUCCUGGUGGAAACUGGACUCUUUGAGACUUUUAACAUUUCACUGCCACUCUGCAGACGGCUCUGCUGUCUGUCUGGCUGCAAAUGCCAGUGCAGGAGUUGACAGAGCGAGCUUACAGAUGCAGGAGUGCUGUCAAUUUGGAUCUCCGCAUCUACAAGCUUAAUACAGCAACACAAACAAAUGUAGCAUUAUUUGGGACAUCGACAUAUUUUGUUACAUUUCUAUCCUCCGCUUGCUUGAUAGCAUUUGAAAAGCUGAGAUAAUGUAGAUGGUGAUGUGGGAUGAUUGGGGAAAAAAUCCUUUACAUUUCUUUUUGUAAAUGUGUCAUUUCUCUGAAUGCCAGUUACACUGUAUUAUAUUUAUAAUCUGAUACCCCUGGGUGCUUUACAGUCUAAGUGACUAGCCUAUCUGCUGUAAAAUGUGCUUUUAAACUGUACACAAACCAGACAAUUAAAAAGACCUAAAAUUCA